CCUCCUUCAUCUCCUCACCCAACCCACACCACGAUCCCGCGUUUCCCGACGAGAGAAAUUGAAGGUCCUCGUCCUCGUCCUCGUCGUCCAUGGAUAUGGGCGCAGGUUUUCUAGGGUUAGGGUUAGGGUUUCAUUGGCAUAAACCCACCUAGCUUUGGUCCCUCCAUACCAUGACCCACAGUUGUGGCUGCGAUGCCUUGGUGGAAGCCGUCCAGCUCCCCUUCAUCAUCAUCCUCGUCACCAAGAUCCAAUUCGUCACCGCACAGCGCCAGAAAGGAGUCUGCUAGUUCGCUCUUCGGUCGACGGAACGAAACUCUCCCACGCCUCACGCGCCAGCGGAGGCUCCGGCACCUUCCUGACUCUGAGAUCGGAGGGGGAUUUUCGACGCCGGUGUCUAGGACUCCUAGCUUAUUUGAUUUCGCGCCUGUUAGGUCUGUGUCGUCUCCUGUGCCGCUCCCGCUGCCGGAGUCCUUGGCCGCGUCGCCGCAACGGGAGUUGGGGUUUGGGUGCCCUUUGCCGUCGCCGAAAGAGGCGUCCGGAAGAGUGGAUGGAGAUGAAUGGAAUGGACUGUCGGAGCUUUCGCCUGUCGUGGAGUCGAAUGGGGACAGGCUCCUUCCUUCAAAUGUGACGGGAAGUAAGUUGAACCAGCCUAACACCCAGAAAAGAACUGAGGUUAGUACCCCUUCUCCUGGAUUUGCACCUAGAAAGAUAUUUAAGGAGGCAAAGUCUGCCGGAGCCGCAAAUUUUAAGAUACCUGCAAAGAGUGCUCCUACAAGUGGUCUUUCAAGUCCUGUAGUCAGUCCGCGAAGAUCGUUUAACAUAGAAUUUUUCCCUUCUGCUCCUAUUACUUCUCAAGGACCCUUGACCUGGCCACAACUAGAUAUCCCUUCUCGAGAUUUUUCGGCAAUUUUAUCUCCUCAAACUUCACCAGAGAAAGCCGUCCCUAGUCCAGACUGCUCACCACUUUAUAGUCCUUCAAUCAAAAGUCCUGUCCUAAGAUCAAGAAAUCCAAGUGCACCUCCAUCACCACUGCACCCCAAGUAUGCAGACGACAGUAAUGGACGGCUUGAUUGUGUUACUGUGCAUCCAUUGCCUCUUCCACCAGGAGCUCCAGCUACGGCUCCUCAGCAGCCAGGAUUUCCUCAUCAAACCCCACCAAGAAUUGAGACAGCUCCAAUGGCAAACCAAUGGCAAAAAACAAGACUAAUUGGGAGUGGUACAUUUGGAAAUGUUUAUGUCGCAACCAACAGGGAAACCGGAGCUUUAUGUGCGAUGAAAGAAGUAAAUAUAAUUCCUGAUGAUGCCAAAUCUGCUGAAUGUUUGAAACAAUUGGAGCAGGAAAUAAAGGUUCUGAGUCAAUUAAAACACCAAAACAUCGUGCAAUAUUAUGGAAGUGAACUAACCGAUGAUCGUUUCUAUAUUUAUCUGGAGUAUGUUCACCCUGGGUCUAUUAAUAAGUAUGUCCGUGAUCAUUGUGGAGCAAUGACAGAAUCAGUGGUUCGGAAUUUCACCCGUCAUAUUCUUAACGGUCUAGCAUAUUUGCAUAGCAAAAAGACAAUGCACAGAGAUAUCAAAGGGGCAAAUUUACUUGUUGAUGCACAUGGUGUAGUUAAACUUGCAGAUUUUGGGAUGGCAAAACAUCUUAGCGGAGCAACAGCUAAUCUUUCAAUGAAGGGAACUCCAUAUUGGAUGGCUCCAGAGGUGAUGCAGGCUACUAUGAAUAAAGAAGUUGGCUAUGACCUUGCUGUUGACAUUUGGAGUUUAGGGUGUACAAUAAUCGAAAUGUUUACCGGGAAACCCCCCUGGAGUGGACUGGAAGGGCCCGCAGCAAUGUUUAAGGUUUUACACAAAGACCCUCCUGUACCAGAAGCCUUGUCACCUGAGGGGAAGGAUUUUCUGCGACUAUGUUUCCGUAGGAAUCCAGCAGACAGACCAACUGCGAGCCACUUACUUGAUCAUCCUUUCAUAAUGAAUACACACCACCAUAACCUGCAUGGUUCUAUACAGGCAUUUUCUUCGAUGAAACUUGACAAUACCUAUAGCCCCAGAGAGAAGCCUAAAUCCAGAAGUGAGUCAUCCCUGAAAGGGAAGCAAUUAUCUCAUAAUGAUACCAUCCUCUCUCCAGAAACUUCUGAGUCAGCAGCUUCUCGCUUCCACCGAUCUGUGCCUGAGCUGGCUCCUAGUAUUGUUCACCCAAAUCCAUUUACACCAAAUUAUACAAAUGGUCAGCCAUCGCCUAGUACAAACUCUCAUUCAUGGGCAUUGCCCAAGCCUCCCGGGAAUGAAGGUUGAACUUCAUGGAUGUUCAUCGGAGGUAAUAUAAUCCGGACAAUCUGCUGAUUUAGGAAACUAACAGUCAACUAACAAAACCCACUUAAGAGUCUUAAGUUGAGCUGCAGAGUUUCUUUGCAUGCCGGCCGUCACCUGUGCCCUCUUCUUUUUCUCUCUGCUUAUCAUCUCAAUCUGGAAAGAGGCUUUGCAGACAUAGCCGAGCAUAUUCUUGUUUGGAGGAACAAGCUUUUCACCAUUCACAUUAUCUACAGCAGAAAGAGUCCAGGAAUUAAGGUUUGAAUUUUCUCCAAAAAUUAUUGUUCAAUGUCAAGAGUCUUUAAUUGAGGCUUCUUGGGCAACUGUAUUAUGUGUUGUUGUAUGUCAGAAUGGAACAGAAAGCUGUUGUACUUGUAGAUAGGUAAGUUUGUUUUCGGCUUUAAGCUGUGUGUGUAAAUUAGGUGAUUACAUAGUGUAUAAAUAGGAUUGUCAAGACCAGCAGCACUGUGGGAUUUGUAAAAUAUAUUUGACUUGGGUUUUUGCUGUUGAUUAUUUAACCCAAGAUGUAUGAAUUACCACAUAAUGUUUAUUUCUUAUGUUGAAGAAAUUAAAAUGACAACCAA